CCGCCCGGGCUCUGACCUUCCUCCUUCCCCAGCCCCGAGAGAUCCCGGAGAGACGCGGUGGCGGCGGCAGCGCCACCUCCUCCUCCUCCCCCGGGAAGUCGUCCGGGCUUGAGGCCGGGCCCCAGACGCCCCGCUUCGCCCCGCGGCGCCGCCGAUGGUGCCCGGCGCUCCUGCCCCCAGUGCAUGAGCCGCGGAGCCCGCUAACCAUAGUGUCACACCUGCUCAUCUCCCCACGGCCACACCAUGUCCGGUUCCUACGAUGAGGCCUCUCUGGCUCCGGAGGAGACCACUGAUAGCUUCUGGGAGGUGGGGAACUACAAGCGGACCGUGAAGCGCAUCGACGACGGCCACCGUCUGUGCAACGACCUGAUGAACUGCGUGCAGGAGCGCGCCAAAAUCGAGAAGGCGUACGCGCAGCAGCUCACCGACUGGGCCAAACGCUGGCGCCAGCUCAUCGAGAAAGGCCCACAGUAUGGCAGCCUGGAGCGGGCCUGGGGGGCCAUAAUGACAGAGGCGGACAAGGUGAGCGAACUGCACCAGGAGGUGAAGAACAACCUGCUGAACGAGGACCUGGAGAAGGUCAAGAACUGGCAGAAGGACGCCUAUCACAAGCAGAUCAUGGGCGGCUUCAAGGAGACCAAGGAGGCUGAAGAUGGAUUCCGCAAGGCCCAGAAGCCCUGGGCCAAGAAGAUGAAGGAGCUGGAGGCGGCCAAGAAGGCCUACCAUUUGGCCUGCAAAGAGGAGAAGCUGGCCAUGACCCGGGAGAUGAACAGCAAGACAGAGCAGUCCGUCACACCUGAGCAGCAAAAGAAGCUGCAGGACAAAGUGGACAAGUGCAAGCAGGACGUGCAGAAGACUCAGGAGAAGUAUGAGAAGGUGCUGGAAGAUGUGGGCAAGACCACGCCCCAGUACAUGGAGGGCAUGGAGCAGGUAUUUGAACAGUGCCAGCAAUUUGAGGAAAAGCGGCUGGUCUUCCUCAAGGAGGUGCUGCUGGACAUCAAACGGCACCUCAACCUGGCUGAGAACAGCAGCUACAUCCAUGUGUACCGUGAACUGGAGCAGGCCAUCCGGGGGGCUGAUGCCCAGGAGGACCUCAGAUGGUUCCGCAGCACYAGCGGCCCUGGCAUGCCCAUGAACUGGCCCCAGUUUGAGGAAUGGAACCCAGACCUUCCCCACACCACUGCCAAGAAGGAGAAGCAGCCCAAGAAGGCAGACGGAGUGGCACCGAGCAAUGCCACGGGGGCAGUGGAGUCCACCUCCCAGGCUGGGGACCGUGGCAGCGUUAGCAGCUACGACAGAGGGCAGCCCUACGCCGCCGAGUGGUCGGACGACGAGAGCGGGAACCCCUUCGGGGGCAAUGAAGCCAACGGAGGCGCCAACCCCUUCGAGGAUGACACCAAGGGAGUGCGCGUGCGGGCGCUCUACGACUACGACGGCCAGGAGCAGGACGAACUCAGCUUCAAGGCGGGAGACGAGCUCACCAAGCUGGGCGAGGAGGAUGAACAGGGCUGGUGCCGCGGGCGUCUGGACAGUGGGCAGCUGGGCCUCUAUCCCGCCAACUACGUGGAGGCCAUCUAGCUGCCCUGCUGGCUCCUCUCCCCUUCACUCUGCACCCACCGCCUCCCCUUCCUUCCCACUCUCGUCUCCUCCCCCUCGCCAUAGAGUUCCAGACAUAUUUUCCGAUCAAGCUUUUAUUUUUUUAAAAGUCUAAACAGA